UGAAUCCCUUAUAUAAAUAACACUGUUAGGUACAAAUUAAAGCGAAUUAAUGGAGUUGUCAAAAGAGAGGGAAUUAAUAGAGAAAAGGUCACAUAAGAUACGUGAAUCUCCUACUCCGAAUAAUCCGAUCACUGAAAACAUGCCUCUCUGCAAUGACUCCUCCGGCAACCUCGCCUUGGCCGUGGCUCUCCUCUUAGCCGUCGCCCUAUAUAUCAGCUUCUCCCCACGUUCGAUUUCGGGCCCUAACUCCGAUCUCCUACAUAACGUCAACACUCUCCAGCCACUGGUAAGUCUAUUCAUAAUAUUAUUGAAAUCUACAGGAGAUGAUAUUGUAUGGAAGUGGUUACAGAAAAAUGUGGACAAGCUUGGGGCGGUUUUGGACAGUGCAGCGGCAGGAAACAACAAGACGGUGAUAAUAGCAGUAGUGAACAGAGCGUACGUGGAGGAGGUUGAAGGAGGGAGGACGAUGUUGGAUCUGUUCCUCGAGGGUUUCUGGGAAGGAGAAGGGACGCUGCCACUUCUGGACCAUCUGUUGGUGGUCGCAGCGGAUCAGACGGCCUAUGAUCGCUGCCGCUUCAGGAGGCUCCAUUGCUACAAGAUGGACACGGAGGGUGUUAACUUGGAAGGAGAGAAGGUAUACAUGUCAGCUGAUUUCAUUGAGAUGAUGUGGCGUAGGACUCGCUUGCUGCUGGACGUCCUCCACCGCGGUUACCAUCUUGUUUUCACGGACAUGGACGUGAUGUGGCUAAGGAACCCUUUCUCCCGGCUAAGUAACAACGGGAGCAUGGAUAUGCAGAUAAGCGUGGACCACAACUGCUUGGAAGCUGGACACUCGAUCAACACGGGAUUCUACCACGUUCGGUCCAACAACAGGACCAUCUCCCUAUUCCAAAAAUGGUACGAUAUGAGGCUUAACUCUACGAGCAUGAAAGAACAAGACGUCCUCAAGAAUCUCCUCGACUCGGGUUUAUUCAAUCAGCUCGGAGUCAACGUUGGCUUCCUCAACACAACUGAAUUCAGUGGCUUCUGCCAAGACAGCCCUGACAUGGGCGCUGUCACCACCGUACACGCCAACUGCUGUCGCCACAUCCCUCCCAAGGUCUUUGAUCUCACUCUUGUUCUCAGUGACUGGAAAAGCUACAAAGCCUCCCAUUUCCACAACAAGUGGAGCCGUCAUGUCGAGUGUGAGGGUUCAUGGAAUGACGACCACUAUGUUCCCAAGCCGUGAUCCAAUGAUCCUCUUCCUCUGUGAUAAUCCUAAUGAAAUUGUUAUAUAUAGUAGACACUAGCUAACCUAAUUAGUUAACAACAUCUCUCUUUCUUCAUUAGUUUCCUAUAUAUAUCAAAAGAAAAACAUUAAAAAGAA